AAGAUGAGAUACAAGUGGGUGAUACCGUGAUAGAAGAAAAAAGAAAGAAAGAAAGAAGAAGACCAUAAAAGCAGUGACACCAGCAAUUUGCAAGUCAACCUUCCACAGUCAACACAAAAACAAACACACACAAAGCCGCCAUUCAAUAAUUCAUUAUCCAACCAAUCAAAAACUAGAGAAUUGAUAUAAUUGAUUUCCAUCUCACAACUUCACAAACCCACAAAACAAAACCAACCACCAUGUCUCUAACUCUAACCACCUUCUCCUCCUCCUUCUUCUUCUUCAUCAAUUUCAUCUUCAUCUUCAAUCUUCACCAUUCAAUUGCACAAAGCCAAAACCAACGAGUAACCUUCUCUUCAUUCAACAGCUCAGACUCUCCAUGGCUUCCAACUCAGAACAAAUUCCUUAUCUCACCAAACAGAAACUUCACUGCUGGCUUCUUCCCCCUUCCAAAUUCCCCAAACCACUUCACCUUCUCCGUUUCGUUCGCCAAAGUUCCCCAAUCUUCAAACCCUAUCGUUUGGAAUGCCACAUCCACGAACCUCACCUCCAAAUCUUCGCUUCAAAUCACCACCAAUAAUCAAAUCCUCCUCAACGGUCUCCCAUUAUUUGUUAACCCUAACCGCUCAUCUUCUUCCCAAUCGAACAACGCAUCAACGAUCCAACUCGUUCUCACCGACGACGGAAACUUGAAAUUCGGAGAUUCGAACAGCUUCGAUGACGCUACCAACACUAUCCUUCCCAAUCAAGACGUCAACUCAACCGAGCUUGUAUCUAACAACGGGAGAUUCAAGUUCGUUAGGAAACUGGUGCUCGACGACGAUGGGAAUCUAAAGAUCUAUAGCUUCUAUCCUGAAGAGAAGAAUCAGUGGAAGGUUGUGUGGAGAGCCAUAUGGGAAAUGUGCAGAGUCAAAGGAAGGUGCGGUUCUUAUGCUAUUUGCGUACCAAGCGAUGAUUUGAACGUGACUACCACUUCUUGUUUUUGCCCCACCGGGUUCACCGCAAACAACGGUGUUCCCGAUCGUGGCUGCACACGGAAGAAACCACUCUCCAAGAACACCGGCUUCAUCAGGCUCGAUUACGUGAACUACACCGUCUCCGGCGACGGCAGCACCAUGAACCAGUUAAGCGGCUCCCAGAAUUUCUCUGUCUGCGAAGCCACCUGCAAAACAAACCCCAACUGCUUGGGAUUCGGAUUCAAGUACGACGGAUCGGGUUUCUGCGUUCCGUUAAUCGGUAAAGAGCUUCAAUACGGUUACUGGUCACCGGGCACCGAGACCGCGUUGUUCAUCAAAGUAGAUGAAUCAGAAUCAGAAGAAAGCUCCAAUUUCAUUGGGCUGACUGAGGUUAUGCAAACGAGUUGUCCGGUGAGGAUAAGCCUGCCGCAGCCACCGAAGGACUCGAACGCCACCACGAGGAACAUCAUCAUAAUCUGCACGCUAUUUGCGGCAGAGCUUAUUUCUGGUGUGGCUUUCUUCUGGUCUUUCUUAAAGAGAUACAUCAAAUACAGGGACAUGGCCACUACUUUAGGCCUUGAACUCUUACCUGCUGGUGGCCCCAAAAGGUUCACUUACUCUGAGCUCAAGGCCGCAACCAAUGAUUUUUCCAACCUCAUUGGAAGAGGUGGAUUUGGGGCGGUUUACAGAGGCGAGUUGCCAGACCACCGCGUUGUCGCUGUCAAGGUCUUGAAAAACGUUUCAGGUGGCGAUGCGGAGUUCUGGGCCGAGGUGACCAUCAUUGCCAGAAUGCACCACCUCAAUUUGGUUCGACUAUGGGGAUUCUGUGCAGAGAAAGGACAAAGAAUUCUCGUGUACGAGUACAUCCCUGGUGGCUCAUUGGACAAGUACCUCUUCAGGUUGAACAAUUCUAGAAAAGGCGACUCAAAUACACAGCAAGAGAAGCCUAUUUUAGAUUGGAAUAUGAGGUAUAGAAUUGCUCUUGGUGUAGCCAGAGCUAUUGCAUAUUUGCAUGAAGAGUGUUUGGAAUGGGUUCUACAUUGCGACAUCAAACCCGAAAAUAUUCUUCUAGGCGAUGACUUUUGUCCUAAGAUAUCGGAUUUUGGACUCGCUAAGUUAAGGAAAAAAGAGGAUAUGGUAACAAUGUCCAAGAGGAGGGGUACUCCGGGAUACAUGGCUCCUGAAUGGAUUACUGCGGAUCCAAUAACAUCAAAGGCUGAUGUAUAUAGUUUUGGAAUGGUGUUGUUGGAGCUUGUGAGUGGAGUUAGAAACUUUGAGAGUCCUCAGUCUAUGGUUAGAAGUGAUGAGUGGUACUUUCCAGGUUGGGCUUUCGAUAAGAUGUUCAAGGAAAUGAGGGUUGAGGACAUUCUUGAUGGUCAUAUUAGGGAAAUGUAUGAUACAAGGGCCCAUUUUGAAAUGGUUAAUAGGAUGGUGAAGACUGCUAUGUGGUGCCUUCAGGAUAGGCCUGAGUUGAGGCCUACAAUGGGGAAAGUGGCUAAGAUGUUGGAAGGAACUGUGGAGAUUACUGAUCCCAAGAAGCCCACCGUGUUCUUCCUUGGGGAAGAGUAGAUAGGAUGAAAAAAAAAAUAAAAAAAAAUUAGAUGGUUUCAAUUGUGAUCUCUUACCCUUUAUUGUUUUCUCUCACACUUCAUCUCUUCAAAUGUUAAAAAAACUGGAGAUAAUCUAUUUCCUAAAUGAUUGUAUUUUCUAAAACUCGUCAAA